AUGCAAAAAUUCCUAAAAAAUUCUUCUUUGAAGGUGUUGAUCCCAAAGCUAGAGCACCUAACAAGAAUGAUAAGAAGCAUGGGUAAGUGGCAUUGAAAUUUUGAAAAAAAUGAAUUUGUAUCAGAAUUUCUGAGCAAAUUGAUUGAUGUUGAUGAUUUUGAAAGCCUAAUCUCAAGCUUAGUAAUUUCAGAUAUAAAUAAUAUAGAUAGCAUUAGCAAAUUACUUGAAGAUGAAGCCAUCACAUAA